AUGGAGACUACUCGUAGUCCCGAGACACAGCAGGGCGACGCCCUUGCCGAGGGCCGGCGCAUAUAUAUUGGCAACCUGCUUUACUCGGUCAAACCCGCCGACGUCGAAGACCUGCUGCGCCAGAGCGGCUUUGAACAGUCGUUUGAGAGACUGCACAUCUCGGUCGACCCCAUCAGCGGCAGGAACCCAGGUUAUUGCUUUGCCGAGUUUACCACGCGCGACGAGGCAGGCCGCGCCCUGGACUCUCUUCCCGGGGUCCUGCUCUUCAACCGACCCAUCAAGAUCGGACCCUGCCACCCCAAGACGUCGAGCCAGCCGCGCUGGGCCAGCAAGCGCGACUACAACCCGACCUUCCAGAGGUGGGGAGACUGGAAAGGGAAAGACGAAAACCCCAAGCCGGACCAGGGACCGCAUGCCGCGAUCCGCCAUCUGGAAGAGAGGAAUCAUCGCAGUGUUGACAAGACCACACUGUACAUCGGGGGUCUGGGCAAGAUGAUCAACCAGCCACAGCACGAUCUUGAAAUGCAGGAGAUUCUUGCCGGUUUUGAUGUCGUCGCCAUUGGGAAGCGCAUCACUCCGCGCCCUGAGACACGGGAGAAGCCGGGGAACCAUCAUUACUGCUUCGUCGACUUUAGCUCCGUCGAGGAGGCUGAGCGCGCAUUGAAAGAAUUGCACGGGAAGCCGAUCCAAGGGGGUACCUUGCGCGUCUCCUAUCCCCGGAGCAGGGGCCCUGCAUUCGAGCAGGGCGGGAUCAACCACGCUCCUUGGAGGAGCUCUGCGGACACUUCGACGGAUUCCGCUGCUCCCACGCCAACCAGGCGAAACGAGGCUCGCAGGCAGGACGAUCAGGAUGGCCAGGAGCGACGGGGGCCGACCGAGAGACAGAGGGCCAUCAUGACCUCCAACAACUGGCGGUUAGGAGCCGCUGCUCACUAG